AACCCCUCCGGGGGCGGGCGAGGAGCGGGGAAAGGCUUCGGGGAGGCAGGGCCGGGGGUGGGGACGGCGCCGAGCAUCCUCCAGCGAACCGGGAACACCGGGAACGGGGGGGGGGACGCGGAUACACAGCGACGGGGACAGGGACAGCGAGGGGGGGGCUUCGCCGCCUGCCCGGGCCGGGGGGGGUGUCCCUGCCCGCACCCAUGAGCAGGACCAGCGGCCUCCAGCGCCGCACAACCUUCCUCAUCUCCCUCACCCUCGUCAAGCUCGAGUCGGUGGCGGCAGCGCCGGGAGAACCGGAGCCGGCGGCGGCGGCGGCGGCGGCGGGGGGGGGCAGCGAUGGGUCCCCCCGCCCCGGGGGGAGGCCGGUUGAUGCCGCCCGCCCCGAGGAUCCCGGUGGCGGCGGCAGAACGAAGCGGCCCGAGCGGCUCUUCCAGCGCCAGGACGCUCUUUGGAUAAGUACAACCGGCCCCCCCGACGCUGCGGCCCCCCCCGGCAGCCCCCGCACCCCCAGCCCGGGCCCGGUGCCCACCACCGAGGCCUCGGCCCCCCCUCCCCGCCCCGCCGCCGCCGCCGCCUCCCGCCGGCCCCGUUCUCCCACCUCCACCCCCCCCGUUGUACCCCCAAAACCCGACCCGACCCUGCUGCCCCCCCCUCCGGUUGUACCCCCCAAACCCGACCCGGCGUCUCUUCCCCCCCCCCAACCCCCGCUUGUCCCUCCCAAACCGGACCCGACUGCGCUCCCGCCGCCCCCCGCCGUACCCCCAAAACCCCCCGCGGCCUCCCUGCCCCCCGCUGUACCCCCAAAACCAGACCUCACCCCGCGAGGGGGGUCCAAGGGCACCUUGGAGGCCACAGGGGAGCGGGGGCGGCCCCCCCCGGCCCUGGCGACCCCGCGGCCCCCGCUGCUGGCCCAGGCAACGUGGGGGUGCCCCGAGGUGACCCCGGAGCUGGCCAAACCCCCCCCGCACCCCGUGUCCUCCCCGCACCCCUCGGCCGGGCCCCGCCGGCUCCGCUUGACCGGGACGAAGCCGUUCAAAGUGGCGACCCCCGGGGAGCCUCUGAAGGCGACCAAAGGGCCCCUGAAGGCGACCGCGAGCGGGGCCGGGGGCAGCCGCCUCUCGUGGCCCGAGGGCGAGGGCAAGGGGCGGCCCAAAGCCGCGGGGGGCAAAGCGGGACCUGAGGCGGGGCCGAGGCCGCCGGGACGGGGUCGCUUCUCCCCUCACAAAGGCAAAAGCAAGACCCUGGAUUACAGCGACCUGCCCCCGGUAGCGGGGGGGCUGACUCCGGUCCCGGCUCCCGCUGCGGCCCCCGGUGCCGCCGGUACCGAGACGGGGCUCAAACGGGGGCGCGAAGGCGGCCGAGCCUCCACCCGCGACCGCAAGAUGCUCAAGUUCAUCAGCGGCAUCUUCGCCAAGAGCCCCGCGCCCCCCCCCGCGCCCCCCUGGGCCCCCCCCCAGGCUCUGGUCAACAGCCAGGAAUGGACCCUGGGUCGCUCCAUCCCUGAGAUCCGCUUGGGUGUCCUGGGCAGUAGCAGGAGUGGGAAGUCUGCACUUGUCCAUCGCUUCCUCACCGGCUCCUAUGUGGGCCUGGAGCCCACCGAGAGUGGCCAGUUCAAGCGUGAGGUGACGGUUGAUGGCCAGAGCCACCUCCUGCUCAUCCGGGAGGAAGGAGGACCCCCGGACCCAGAGUUUGCCAGCUGGGCCGACGCCGUCAUCUUCGUGUUCAGCCUGGAGAGCGAAGGCAGCUUCCAGGAGGUGGUGAAGCUCCACGAGCUGCUCGUCACCCACCGGGGCGCCGCUGAGGUGGCCCUGGCGCUGGUGGGCACCCAGGACAAGAUCAGCUCCUCCAGCCCACGCGUGGUGGAGGACGCCCGCGCCCGCGCGCUCUGCGGGGACAUGAGGCGCUGCCUCUACUACGAGACCUGCGCCACGUACGGCCUCAACGUGGACAGGGUCUUCACCGAGGUGGCACAGAAGGUGGUGGCGCUGAGGAAGCAGCAGCAGCUCGUGGCCUCCUGCAAGUCCCUGCCCAGCUCCCCCAGCCACUCAGCUGCCUCCACCCCACUCGGGGGCUCCCACCCUGGCCAGACCAGCAAUGGCCACACCAGUGAUUACUCGUCCUCGCUGCCCUCCACCCCCAACGUCACCCACCGGGACCUGCGCAGCGACACCCCCGUGGUCCCCGGCACCCCCAGCUCCCUGCACCGCGGGGCCAAGCGCCGCACCAGCCUCUUCGCCACUCGCCGCGGCAGCGACACGGACAAGCGGAGCCUGGAGGGCCCCAGCACCGCCCGCUCGGUGCCGGUGCCCAUCAAGCAGAGCUUCCUGCUGAAGCGCAGCGGCAACUCCCUCAACAAGGAGUGGAAGAAGAAAUACGUGACCCUGAGCAGCAACGGGCUCCUGCUCUACCACCCCAGCGUGAAUGAUUACCUGCACAGCACCCAUGGGAAGGAGAUGGAUUUGCUCCGCACCACGGUCAAGGUCCCGGGGAAGCGCCCCCCCCGCGCGAUCUCCGCCUGCGGCCCCGCCCCCAGCGCCAACGGGCUCCUGCGGGACGAGGGGGGGGCCGUGGGGCUCAGCCUCCCCCCUGAGCCAGGGCUGAAGGUACCGGGUAAGGGCGAGCGGUCCCUGCAGCGCUGUGCCUCUGCCUCCAGCGCCAGAGUCAGCUCCGAUGCCCCCUUCGAAGCCAUCUCCAGCCCCGGCAGCGCGGGCCGGGAGCCGCCGCCGUCGCCGCUCAUGGACAGGAAGAAGCACCGGAGGAAGAAGCUGAUGACACCGUCCAAGACGGAGGGCUCUGCCGGGCAGGCGGAAGCCAAGCGCAAAAUGUGGAAGCUAAAAAGCUUUGGUAGUUUAAGAAAUCUGUAUAAAACAGAAGAGGAGAACUUCGAGUUCCUCAUCGUGUCCAGCACGGGGCAGACCUGGCACUUCGAGGCGAGCAGCUUCGAGGAGCGUGACGCCUGGGUGCAGGCCAUCGAGAGCCAGAUCCUGGCUAGCCUCCAGUGCUGCGAGAGCAGCAAGAACAAGGCGCGCAUGGACAGCCAGAGUGAGGCCGUGGCCAUCCAGGCCAUCCGCAAUGCCCGCGGCAACUCGUUCUGUGUGGACUGUGGGGCACCCAACCCGACCUGGGCCAGCCUGAACCUGGGCGCCCUGAUCUGCAUCGAGUGCUCGGGGAUCCACCGCAACCUGGGCACGCACCUCUCGCGCGUGCGCUCGCUGGACCUGGACGAUUGGCCACGGGAGCUGACCCUCGUGCUGACCUCCAUCGGCAACGCCACCGCCAACAGCAUCUGGGAGAAGAGCCCGCAGGGCCGCAGCAAACCCACCCCCGAGUCCUCCCGGGAGGAGCGGGAGGCCUGGAUCCGGGCUAAGUACGAGCAGAAGCUGUUCCUGGCGCCGCUGCCGGAGGCCGAGGGGCCGCUGGGGGAGCAGCUCCUCCGCGCCGUGCAGGACAAGGACCUGGAGCUGGUGCUGCUGCUCCUGGCCCACAGCAAGAAGGAGCAGCUCAACGUCAGCACUGCAGAUGGGGACGGGCGCCCGGCGCUGCACGUGGCCUGUGACAUGGGGCUGGUGGUCAUCACCCAGCUGCUGCUCUGGCACGGAGCGGACGCUCGGGCCCGGGACGGCCGCGGGCACACGGCGCUGUUCUACGCGCGCCGCGCCGGCAGCCGGGAGUGCGCGGACAUCCUGGUGCAGCACGGCUGCCCCGGAGAGGGGCCCGGCGACAGCGCCGACAGCACCGACAGCGCCGGCGGCACCGGCCGCAGGAGCAGCUGCGGGCCCUGCGAGCCGCACACGGCACUGGUGUAGCCACGGCCCCCCCCCGGGCUGCGGGGGCCG